ACCUCUUGAUCGAUCCCCUAAAUCGAAUCUCGAGAUUCUCGAGUAGCUUUUGCUCGUCGUGUAGGUUAGGUUGGCACGACUGACUGCCGCGCGAGUCGCGACCGUUUUAGACCAAGACCAACCGCCUUUCCAACCGCUUUCAUCGAGCAUUUUAAUUAACUCUGAAUACUCCGCGGAGGCAGUCCGGAAGUUCGUGCUUUUAUUGCUUGAUCGGGCGAGGCAAGUGAUACCGCGUUUACGAGUGAAGGCCGCAUGACAGCUGGCAGUCAAGCCUAAUCAGCGCGGAGGCGUAAAAUUUGAAAUGUAGCAGGUUACAAGCUGACGAACGCGUGGCUGACGACUACUUUAUUUUGUGUUGUUUUGCACCCUUCAUGCACGCCGACUCGCGAGUUCCGUCGAGAUGAGUGCGACGCAGGACGAGGACGAGCGCAGAAGACGCUCGCUGGAGGCCGGCAGAGAAAUGUUGGAGAAGUACAAGGUGAAAAGAUCGACCAAGGACAAGGGCGCCGGCAUGGAGCAAAUAGAACAAUCCGACGACGAGAACGAGAAGUUGCACAACGAGAAGUCUAUGCUUCAUAAAGAAUCUGGGGUAACCGAAGGCAUAUCCUCCAGGGACGUAACGCACAGCAGCGUCAGUAUAAGCGAGGGAGAGGCCGAUGCCGAUUUGGAAGGAUUAGCAGGGCGAGUCGCAGAGCUCGAGGAAUUACUCCAAGGAAAGGAAGCUAUAGUCGGAGCCUUAAAUGCAGAGAUCGAUCACUUACGAGCGGAGACGGCCUCCCCAAACUCUUCACAAAGCCAGGCUAGCAGUACACAUGGCAGGGAUAUUAUAUCUUUGUAUCACAUAAAAUUACAGGAGUUUGAAAAGGCAGUAAAUCAACGCGACAACCUGAUAGAGCACUUAACGUCAUCUUUAGAGCAGGCAUUAUCUGCUAGAGAUGCUGUAACAGCGCAGCUUAAUGCCUUAAACUCAAUGCAGCUCAACAAUCCUGCAAUAAAUAACAUGAACUUACAGCAAAAGAUUGAGGUCCUGGAAACGACGAUGAGCGAACAGGAAGCGUUAAUUCGUCAAUUAAACGCGAAGUUGACGGACAUUCGUGAGCAUGUGCAAACAUUGGAGAUAGAGAGGGAAACGCGAAACGCAGAAAUCAAUGAUUACAAAAUACAAAUAAAUAAUCUAAACGAGCAAAUUCGCCUUGGCGCCGCAGAGAAGAAUCUGAAUAUCGACGAGACACUGGAGCAACAGAGACAAUAUGAGGCACGUGUUGAUAAAAUUAAACAGGACAUGCAGCAUAUCUUAGACAAAUUUACUACUGUGACAAACGCUAAUGCUAUACGCCACCAGCAAGAGUUAAAGGAAUUAACUUCGAAGAACCAGGCUGAAAUUUUGAAUUUAAAAGCCAAGCACGAUGAGUGCAUGAAAAUAUUGAAGGACGAAAACAAAACGUUGGCCGAUCGUUUAAACAAGGAAUUGCCAGAUUUGGAGAGCAGGCAUGCCAAGGAAUUGUCUGUCUUUCAGGCGCAGUUAGCUCAUUAUAAGAAAACCGUCGAGGCGUUGAAGCUAGAAUUGGUGAACCACACCGAGUCGCAGAAGGUCGCGCAGUCGGAGGUUCAAUUUUAUAAAAUGAAAAUAGACGAAUUGAAAUUCGAGGCUGAAAACGAACGACGUAUGCAAAACUUGCAUUUCCAGAAGGAGAAGGACUUGUUAAAUGAACAGAUCACACUGCACAAAAUUCAGUUGGAAGAUAUGACCUCGAAGCAUAUCACAUCAAUGAGCAUCUUGGAAUCCAAGGAAAGUAUCGAGCGAUCAUUAGAACAGGCUUUAUCGAAUGCCGCUGCUCUAAAGCAGGAAAAUGAUACUUUAAAGUUCAAACUGGACGAUCUUUCGUGCAGAUAUUCCACAGCCCAAUCGAUCAUUGAAAGCAGUCAGUUAAACGACAGGACUCUGAGCGGUAAAUUCAACGAUAUGGAAAAGUCCUUGUCACGAUUUGACAUUACGAGCGUAAGCACUGUCAGUGAACUUGGGGAAACUAUGUAUAAGACCUUCGAUGAGGAGGUUAUGAAAUAUCAGAUGACGAGGCGAAAGCUUGAGGAGAAGAUGGAAACGGAAAGGCUACUGAUUGAGAAAGUUCGGACUCUUGAAGCAGACUUAAUUAAAGCUAAUAAUGAACUAGAACAAGCUGACGAAAAAACGAGGAAGACGGAAACGCAGUGCGAGAAAUUGAGGGAUGGCUUGGCUCACGCGUGGGCACAGUGCGCCGAAUUUGAAGAAAGAUUGAAUCAGACUCUAACGAUGAGCGAUAGUAGUAAAGUUAACAUUUCCCUGAACAGCACGAUUUCAUCCAAAUAUCUUAAAGAGAACCAGAGCCAGGAUGAUGAUAGCGCAUUAAAUCAAAAUGUGGCAAGUCAGAAGAAAGUUUUGGAACCGAAUAUUGCCGGCACGUUAACGGAUAAAUAUCUGAAAAACAACGAGAACUUGUAUAAGGAGCUGCAACAAAUUCUAGAAGGCGAGUCAAGUUCGGAUGAAGUUAAGUUAAAGUUAUCUCGUUAUUACGCUCUAUGCGAGAAAAUAGCCACCGAUAAGACGCAGUCCUCGGCGGAGAAUGCCACUUUGCAGAAACAACAGGACAGCGAAUGCUCGCUGCAAAAAUCCUUGGAAAACUUGUGGGCGGAGAAAGAGGUGCUGAGUCGGGAAAUCGAGGAGAUGGUGCAUCGACAUAAAGAAGAACUGGAUUCCGUUAAAGUGGAUUCUGCGAAAGAAAUUCAGAGACUACGUUCGUUGCUGCAGAAUUUCAAGGAUGGUAAUGCAAGCCUAAACGAUUUGAGAACCGAACUCGAAGUACGUCAUGCCAAAGAGAUGGAGGAACUGAGGACAUACUUCGAGCGGAAAUGCUUGCAGAUGGAAAAACAAUAUUCCGAGGAAAUCUUCAGUCAACAAUCGAAACGGAUUUCCGAUAACGAUAGUGAAACCGAGGAGCUGACAGACGAUCUGUAUUUUGGUGGUGCCGGAGAUUGCUUAAAUGUCUCGAACUCCCGAGCGGCUACACCUAGCGCUAUCGAGGAAUCCCUGAGGAGUAAGAUCCUAGACGCACGUCUCGAGUCGGAAUAUGAGGGCAGCAUUCGAGCGUUACGACAGGAAUUAGAAGACAAAGUAAAUGAAAUUCAGAAUAUCAAGGCUGAUUACAAGAAAGCGAUCGACGAACAGAAAGAACUAUACGAGUGUCAAAUUUGCGACAUCGAGAUAAAACUGAAGCAUGCAUUGACUGUACCUACUAUGCACCAGUAUUGUCAGACAGAAUGGGAAGCGUUGGAAAAUGGUGAAUUGUCCAGCCUGCGUGAUGCGUACAAUCACCAAUUAGAGGAGCAGAUUGCGCUAGCUAGACAGGACAUUGUCAACGCUCUUCAAGAACAAAUUCAGACACUAUUAUCAGUAGAGGCUGACAAAGAAACUAAUUGGCCGGCCGAAUUACUCGAAUUGCGAGAUAAAUUUACCAGCAACGCCAAACAAGAAAUUGAGGAAUUAAAAAAGAUACAUAGUGCCGAAUUAGCUCAUCUAAAGGACGAACACAGCUGCAUUGUAACACGAAUCCUUGAACAACAUGAAAAGGAAAUUGCCAGUUUUAAAUCGAAUAUCGUCGACAACCGAGAAGUUAGUUGUGUCGGAGUGUCAGAAAAUAUCAUGAAGGAAAGGGACAAUCUGUGGAAGGCAUGUGUAACCCUUAAAAAUCUAAUUGGAGAAUUGGUUAAUUACUUUGCUAUCUGUGAAGAGGAAGUUAACAACACUCUGAUCAACGAAGUUUUGAGAAGGCAAUUGUCAGAAUCCGCUUUUAUCGAGGAAGAAAAAUUGAGCAAGAGUGACAGCACUAUUUUACCUGAAACAAAGCACAAGAAUCCGUCUACCCAACAGAUCAAGAGAGUCCAUUUUGCUCCACAAUCUAGCAAAAUAACUUCCAUCGUUAAUAGCGACAACGAAACGUUGCAAAAUUUAGUUGACGAAAAUAUAGACGAAAUAUUAAGAAAAGAAUUAAAGACUUGUUUGAGACGGUUGAAGUCCGAUAGCACACAAAUCUUCAAUCUUUCGUUAUCUGAUGUCGAGGACAAGGUCGCAUUGUCGUCAAAUGAGAAUCUCUUAGCAAGCCAAGUUAACGAAGAGCUCUCCUUGAAACUGAAUCACGCUGAGGCCUUGAUAAUAAACUAUCAAGAACAAAUAGAACGACUAAAAUUACAUAUAUUCGAACUUCAGCGUAAGUUGCUUAACGCAGAAAGUAAAAAAGAAGUCGUCACGGAAGGAUACGGCGAAAGCGAUUUUUCUAGGGGCGACAUUGUGUUGCAAGAUCUUUCACAAGUGCAAGAAAAAGCUAGACAUGUCUUGUCUAAUGGCGGCGGCGACGUGUCGUAUUUACUGCAAUUAAUAGAAGAGCUGUGCAGGCAAAAUGACAAACUAAUAGACGACGCGAGGAAAGAGAGGGAAGAUUUACAACAACAGCAGGUACCUUUAGAACCUACUCCUACCCCAUACAUUCACAGGGUUUGCUGCAAAAAGAUUGAGGCAGCGGACAAGCAGUUACGAGCGACGCGUCGUUUUCUGGACGAGCAAGCGAGUGAGCGUGAAAUGGAACGAGACGAAGCUGCGAAACAAAUUCGCUUUUUGCAAGAGCAACUCAAGGAACGCGAGCGCGACAAAGAAAGAGAUAUGCGUAUCACUUCCGAGCAGUCUGAGCUAUCGUCUGAAACAACUUCAAACGUCCCUGAGCUUCAAACGACUGACAUCAAUGCAGCUGUGGAGGCUCUCGAAUCUCAGAUGAGAGAGAUGUCGUCAUUAAUGUCCGACACCGAGGCGAAGAAGUCGGAGAAGGAGAGUGAAUUGAAGGCUGCGGUGGAUAAAAUAUGGGUCUUGCGAGAGAUUAUUACUGACUUAGAGCAGCAGCUGCAAGCCAAGAUUGAAAAGGAGGAGUCCUUGCAAAUGCAAAUCAAUCAACUGGAAACCGUGAUAACCGCACAGACAAAGCAUCAACAAGAAUUGGUUCAAGAGCUGGAUGCUAUCAAAUCUGGUACCGAGAACAGACAUCUGAACGAGCAAAUUAACCAUUUACAAGAGGAAUUAAGUAAGCACAAGUUAAGUUCAGAGCACUUCAACGUCAAUUCGUCCGUGUUGAAGCAAAUAAAAGCGGAAUUGCAUGAGAUGCAAAAUCAAUUGGACAAGAGAAUUCGAGAGAUGGAAUCUGCCCACAUGUGUGGUUCCAAUCUAAGUUUGAGUCAGCCGAGCGAAGACGUCUCAAUCAGAGAGCAAAUCGACGCGACGAGAUGUUUGACCCCGGAAGAUCCGUCUUCACCACCGAUGCUGCCGCUAGAUCAAGUACUCAAGCUGAAAGACAAAAUGUUGAAACACGCACGUGCCGAAGAAGUAGCUUUCAAGAGGAUCAAGGACUUGGAGAUGCAGUUAACAACAAUGAAAAAUCAAAACGAGGAAUUAUUAGCGGAACAAGAGAUCUUGCACCAGACGGCAUCUGAGCAACUGUUCCAAAUCGAAGCGAUGCGCGGUCGUUUGGAGCAGCACAAACAGAGCGCGCCUUUCGCUCAGAAACAAGCAACAUCUCGUUUGGAAUCGCAGUUGCAUGAAGCUACGACAAAAUAUCAUUCCCUGGAGCAAACUAUUACCGACAAAGAGAUAGAGUUGAAGGAGUUGAAAGCCCAGCUUGAAAGGACUAAUCAAAUGUUAGCAGAGAAAGAAGCGGAAAUGGAAAAUUUCGUACAGUCCGAAAAUGGUGUACUGCAGAAGAUCGAGCGAUUAAAAGAUCAAUUAAAACUCGUUCAAGAGGAGAAGAAAAUGCUGCAGAUAAAACUUGGGACGCAGGAGCACACUCAACUAGAAUUGCCACAACUGAUCGACACAAUGCUGGCGGAUAAGAACGAGGAGAUCGAUCAUCUAAAAGAACAGCUCUCCAAAAAGGAAAAACAAUUGAAUGCCUAUUCAUCGCUCGCUUUGGACGACGUGCAGUUAAAAGAACUAACGAAACAAGCAGAGGCCAAAAACAGUGCGCGAACAUUAAGCGAUAUCCUCUCUAUUCACUCGGAAUGUGAGGAAUUUCCUGAAGCUAUUCGAGCGCCUAACGCGACACAUGUGACAUCACACAAUAUCUCUAGCUUUAGAGUUCCUACGUCCAUGUCGAAGAACACGUUACACACGAACAGUCUCAACACUUUGGAAGCACCUUUGCUCGACCUAGAUAAGAUGGAUACGCAAGUACCACCGUUGGAUCUGCAUUCCCAUAGUUACAGUAAUGGGAAUGUCGGUCACUCGGAAAUGGAGUUGCAGCGUUUCGGAGAGGAGUCAAAAUCAUCAUCUCCCAAAAACAACGAUGUUAGCGAGGAUUCUCAACGAAUCGAGGAAUUACUGAAUGAAAAAAUGAAGGAGAUCGAAAACAUAUCGAAUCAACUGCAAGCUGUGCAACAGGAGCUAGACUCAAAGUCUGACCUUUUGUGCAAGUACGAGACGGAAUUGACCACCUUGCAGAAACAAUAUCAGGACUUGCAGGACGAGUUUAAGGAGACUGUCGAAAACUUGGUGCGAGAUAAAAAUUUCUAUAAAGGACAAUACGAGUUGGCUCAAGCGUCGGAAAGUAAAAUAAAGAAGGAUCUGGAGGAAGUAGAAAACAUCUUGAAACUGAAGACGGACGAACUCGAAGAUUACAAGGAUAGGAUGCAGGUGAACGAAAGGAUCAUCACGGAAUUAAACGCGAACAACACGAAGCUGAAGAGAGAGAUCGAAGUUAGAGAAAAAGAUCAGAUGAAAAGGAGCAAUUUCUUGCUGCAGGAUACGACACAAGAACUACAAAGAUUUAAAGAGCUCGUCCUGGAUAAAGAUAUCGCCUUGGAGACUCUUCAAACGCGCAAUAUCGAGAUCGAGAACGAGAACAAGCAACUAUACGAAUUUAAGACAAAAGUUCAUGUGCGCGAGCGAGAAAUCACCGAGUUACAAGACGAGAUCUUACGGCUGACAGAUGGUUUGAACAAUCGGGAUCAGGUUAUUCGUAAAUUGGAGGAGAUGGCGAGGCGAAUGAGUGACGUACAGUCGGGCACGUCCUCGCCGUCGUCCUCUAGCAACAAGGAUCAAGAGAUCCAUCACCUGCAGGAGUUCCUAAAGGAGAAGGACAAGGUAAUCAGGCAGAUGAGCGAUGAUAGCAAGAGCUUGCAGCGAGCACUGGAGACUAUAAAAAGCAAAAUGAAAGAAUCGGGUAAUAUUGUGGAACUGAGAAGAAAAUUGAAGGAAGAACGUAGGCUGAACGAGGAACUGAGAGAUACAGUGCAGAGGUUGCAGAAGGAGUUGCAAGAUGUGUCUGCGCGACGCUCGCAGGAGGAUAGCGAUAUCGAGGACAUGGUCCAGCGAGAAUUGCAUCUCUCCGUACGAUUGGAUAAGCAACUUAUGCAGGUAAUUAAGAAUGAUGAAGUCGUGGAUGGAAUAGCGACCGAAGAUCAAAAGACGAAUGAAAUACGCAAGGACAACGAAUUACUAAGGAGAUUAAAGGAUGACUUAGAGAUCGAACGAGAUAUAAUGAGACAUCAGAUCGCUGAGUACGAAGAUCGUAUCCUGCAACUGAAAGCGGAUUUGACAGAGGAGACGAAGAAGGUGGUUAAGUUGGACAAAGAACUUGUAUCAGAGAGGAACGCGGUGGAGUUCUUGAGGACGCAGAUAGAAGAACAUCGUCGGAUGGCGGAAGUAGAACGAAUACGGGAGACUAAGUUAAUCGAGUUCUUGCAGACAAAGUUGAAAGCCUCUCUGGAGAACGAGGAGAAACUCCAUAAUAAUCUAGCAUCGAUGAGACAACAGCAGAUUAAUCUGGAUUCACAAUUGACAUUCAUGAGAAAAUUAAUGGAAGUCGAAAAUGCCAGUAGAAACUUGCCGAACUUUGCUGCAACCGUUCAAAAUGAAUCGGACAGAACGAGCGAAAAUCUUGAGGAAAGCCGCGAACAUAAUGUGGAACUACGAGAGAAUAUAAAGAAACUGGAGAACGAAAUGAGUAAAUACGAGAAGAAGUUAGAGAUCGCAAUGGAGGAACAAGAAAGACUUAUCAGCAGCCUAGCGUUGACCAACGGACUGAAAGAAAUCCUAGAGGCGGAUCUGCGGAGAACUACAGAGGAGUUGAGAGCGCGAGAACAGGACUGUAAUCACCUACAGAAGCAGCUAAAAGUAUUGACCGAAAACAAAAAGCAAGAUCAACGAGACGCUGAGCUGGACGAGAUCAAAGAAUUGCGCAGGGAGAUUAACAUCGCCCGGGAAGUUAGGAUAGAGCUGGAGGCCGACUUAAAUUGUGCGAAACAGGGACUGAAGAAGUCCUCAAACCGGGAGCUGAAGCUUGCGCGCACGGUAGAUUCCUUGAAAGAGCGAGAGACGGAGCUCAAUACGAGAUUACUAAUUUCAAAAGAAAAAGAGAGGAAACUUAAGGAUUUAAUUGAGAAUGUCAAGGAUGCCCCUGCGAGUUUCAUGCAGAAAGUUAAAGAACUGAGCGAGGCAGCUGAGAAAUACGCUGUCGACAAGAGUAAACUGGAGGAUAAACUCGGCAAGCUGAAAAUGGACAGAGAAAUGUUAGUGCAACGUGUGAAAUUGCUCGAGGGGCAAUUGAAGAAAUUGAAAAUUACGCAGGCUUCGAGUCACCAGAUGCCACCUAUCGAGAGGUUACAAAACUUCUAUGGCAUGUAUCUACGAGAGAGAAGCAGACGGAAAGCGCUGGUGUAUCAGAAAAAGUACCUACUGUGCGUGGUCAGCAGCUAUCAAUAUUGUGAGGAGAAUACGCUAUGCGUGCUCGCGCAAUUGACUCGAGACCAACGUUCUUACGCGCGAAGGCCUCAGAAUAGGAAGGUGCGUUUCAGGAUUAUUGUGUUCACGAUAAUCAGUGUACACAGGAUGAAAAAGUUGACCAAAUGCUGGCGAAUGGGGAAAAUCGUGGGUGCUAAUGCUAUCAUGAGUAGUACCGACCCAUUAAGUGAUUUGCCACCUGUUCGGAAUCUGGCAUCGAAUCAUUCUCCGCCCGUGAGAGAAAGGGCGACAAUUGGAAGUAGCGAGCAGUAUUAAUCCAAGAAGUAAGAAAUUUCCACACUCUCAAAGAGACACUCGGCUCAGUCAUGGCAGAGUCUGGUACUAGUCAUGUUAUCUCAGAAUAACAUUUAU